AUGGAAAACCGAUUUACAAGUGUUUACCGGUGUACAAGUGGAAUUCGUUGCAUCGAAGACCUUCUAAAUGUUAACCUUAAAUUUCUUACCUCAGGGGCGGAUCCAGGAUUUUUUUUUAGGAGGGGGUGCACUCGUCUCUUGCUCUACUUCAACACCAAUAAACCACAUAGUUUUUUUUUUAUUUUUUUGAAGAAUACCAGUUGUAUUAGAAAACCGCAGGUCAUCUCAAGGGGGGGUGCGCACCCCCUGCACCCUCCCCCUAGAUCCGCCCCUGUACCUUAUCAGAAAUGAAAGAGAAAUAUAACUUUGAAUUUCCUUUUACCACUUAUUACGGCCUUUUAAGAGCAAUCCCAACUAAAUGGAAAAGUGCACUACGAGUCAAAGCAGGCGUGCAUGAUGAAUCUGAAAAGUGCGAAACAUCCUUGAAGCUUUCUUCCACAAAAGAAGCCUAUUCUUCCAUACUUGAUAAAAGCUUCUCAGUACCCACUGCUGAAGGCAGAAUUCUAGAUCAUGGGUUCACCAAAGAGGAAACUCCU